AGCAAGGAAAAUCAAACAAUUACAUCAACAACGUGAAAAACCACUUUAGCUUAAUCAUUUAGAAUAUCCACCAAUACGUAAACGAUGAUCAGAACCUUUCUUUUUUUUUAUUCAUGUGGUUCCAUUUUUUCCUUUUGUCUUGCUUAGCAGAAGUUAAGGUGCAGAAAUGUUCGUUGAACAACAGAUAUGUACCAGUAAAAGUAACUCCGGAUAGAAACCAAGUAAGCCAGACGAUACUGUCCACUUAAUACUAUGGCAAAUCUUGUGUUGUGUCUGGCCUUUCUUUUCCUUGCGUUUGGCGAGGUGCAAUGCCGGUUCCUGAGGCUCAAUUCUUCCGUGUUAGUCUCCGAUGGAGUUGCCAAUGUUGAUCAUCGAUCCUCGAUUCUUAGCUUGAACGGCCUGUUGUCGUCCUCUGCGGACGUUUGUGAGCACUACUAUGGCUUUUUCCCGUGCGCCGAUAACAUUGGAGGCUUCCUCUUCCAAAUAGUGGUGUAUGAGUACUUGUUGGCGACAGGGGAGAAGUUUUUGACCAAGGGUAGCAAGCAACUGUUCAACAUCAUUGGCACCGGCUUCUUUGGUGAUGUUUUUGAGAUCCUUAUGGUGUUACCGGAAAUGAUGGUGGUUCUAAUAGCUGGACUCACCGAAAACGAAGAGGACGCUCAGUCUGGUGUUUCGGUUUCGGUCGGUGUAUAUGCUGGUUCCACGGUGUUCUGUCUCACACUGCAGUGGGGAAUAUGUGUAAUAUUUGGCAGAAAUAGCUUCAAACCCGAAAGUUCAACUUCCCAAGAUUCAGAACACUCAACUUCAAGAACAUCGCUGAUGAAAGAAAAACUAUCAUUGUUAACUGAUUCCGGUGUUACCACUGACAACAAGACUGGCUAUACAGCAGGAAUCAUGCUUCUUUCCUUGAUUCCGUUUUUUAUUGUACAACUAUCCGGCAUAAUAAACACUUCAUCUGGAAGUCGCAUCGUAGUUUUGAUAGCACUAAUAGUAUCAGUAUCAGGACUACUAGCGUACUUUAUGUAUCAGAUUCUCAAUCCAUGGAUUCAGGAAAGAAGUCUUGAGUAUAUGAAAUACGAGAAUCUGCUGGCAGGGUUUUUGAAUCAUGUGCAGAGGCAUACACAAGGAAGGCUCGUCACAAACGAAGGCGCGCCCAAUGUUCCUGUCAUCAGAAGUCUUUUUGCGAAAGUCGAUAGAGAUGGAGACCAGACCGUAUCCAUUUCUGAAGUAGAAGCGCUAAUUGAAGACCUUAAGUCAGGAAAAGUGGACGUAGAGAAAGAAUACGCGAUAGCAGAGGUACUGAAAACAUUCGAUUUGAACAAAGACGGAACCAUAACCGAAGGUGAGUUUGUUGAGGGAUUCAAAAAGUGGAUACAUGAAGCCAAGCACUUAGCUGAAGAUGGAAGCUCUCACUCCAGGAAAUCGUUACGCCAGGUUGUACAACCGUGGAUUGAGAAGAGAAAGCACGAACUUGUCAAGAUUGAGCGUCUUAUGUCACGAAUUCUGAAACAUGUUCAAAACCAAGCUUUUGAAGCUGAUGGCCUUGUCACUGACGAUGGAAGGCCCAAUGUAGACCGCAUAAAAAGUCUCUUUGAGGAGUAUGAUUCUAAUCACAACAAACUUAUAUCGCAAUCUGAGUUGAAAGAAGUGAUCCAAAAUAUUAGAUUCGGAAAAUUUCCACUGGAUCAUGACUUGGUAGCGGAGAAUGUGAUGAAAGAUUUCGAUGAAGAUGGUGACCAAAUGAUCAGUGAGCAAGAAUUCGUCAAUGGAUUCACAAAGUGGAUUCACAAGGCCACCCACAUAGCCAAUUCAAAAGACAGCAAAAACUUCAUCGAUGAAUUCGACAAAAUUGCAUGGAAGGAAGUUGACUCACUAAUGUAUGAAAAGGAAGAGAACAGAGGCAUCAUUCAUAAGUUAUUAUCGCGGGAUUGCAUAAAAUCGGUACUACAAAUAAUCUUGGGGGCUGCAAUCGUCAGCUUCCUUGCAGAGCCUCUUAUAUACAGUAUUCUAGACUUAUCCACUGCUCUAGGACUGUCUACUUUCUACAUCUCAUUCGUGAUAAUUCCGUUCGCAUUGAAAUUUAAGAUGGCGGUAUCAGCAAUAUUUCCUGCAAGCCAAAAGAGCUUAAAAACAGCUUCCUUGACAUUUUCAGAGAUUUAUGGCGGGGUGGUCAUGAACAACAUAACGGGCUUGUCGAUACUUCUGGCCAUUGUGUACAUAAAGGGCUUGACAUGGGAUUACUCAGUCGAAGUGCUGGUCGUUUUGGUGGUUUGCGCUAUAAUCGGUCUUCUCGCAUUCUUUCGCUCCAGCUAUCCCCUCUGGACUUGUAUAUUGGCAUUCUUCUUGUAUCCGUUUUCUCUGCUGCUGGUUCAUUUCCUUCACAACUCUGUUGGUUGGGACUAACCCUUGUGGAAUUGAGCUCUUCUGCCCAGUCAGAUUUUUUUCGACUCUGGCUAGUUAAAAGAUCCAAAUCCCAAUUUUUGCUAGUUUCUAUUUUUGUUGCAUUUAUACAUAAGUCUGGCUACUUGAAGAUUAAAACUUAUGAAAGAUAUUUCUUCUUUAUUUUCA